AUGACGCCUCGUCGCUCCUCGCGGGCUCGCACUACCCAGCCCUCGCCGGCCCUCCUCCAGCACACCAACUCCUCCAGCUCCAACAACUCCCUCACUCGUGAGCGAAGCACCCGAUCAAACCACAAAAAUCAAUCCCCUCAUGGCUCUUCCGGUCAUCGUUCGCAGUCCAUCGACGAUACGGAAAAUGGCUCGAGGACCGAUCUCCCACACACGCGCCAGCGCCAGCGCACUCGCAUUGACAAUGAUGGACCCCCUCGUGAAGACGAUGACGAGGAUCCUGAAGAGGAUGAGGAAGAGGAGAUUACUCGUUGUCUCUGUGGGCAGCAGGAUUACCCUGGUUUGCCCCCCUCUCGCCGCGACGCCUUCGGGGGCGUAGGCGUGAAGCCAGAGGAAGGCCUCCCGCCCACAGAUUCAUCUGAUCUGCUGUCUGAUGACAUUGGAAGUAUGUUCAUCCAGUGCGAUUCAUGCAAGGUGUGGCAACAUGGUGGCUGUGUGGGAAUCAUGGACGAGGAAAUGAGUCCCGACGAAUAUUUCUGCGAGGAGUGUCGAAAGGAUUUACACAGAAUUCGGGGUGAGCCCAACGGCCAGCGCUCCUCUACCUACCUUCCCGUCGCACCUGCAUCAUCACCUGCGCCAUCUUCCCGAGCCUCUUCGCGAGAUACUUCCCGGCGCUCCAGGGACCCCAAGUCUCGGGGCAGCGAGGGUGCGUCAAAUCCGAAGCGUCGCUCGACCAUGAACAGCCGGGAUGCUGCCUACGAUGAGGAAGAACUGAUCCGGAGAGCGAUUGAAGAAAGCAAAGAAGAUACAAAAAGCAUUACCGAUGAAGCCGCCCCGCGCUUGAACAAGAGAAGCCGAAGUGAAAGUGAAUCAAAUAGACAAGGCUCCAAACGCCCGCGAACUACCUCUCCCUCGCCCACGGCUGUCUCGAAGCAGAGCGUUCCUCCCUCCCAACCCCCGUCCGAUGAUGAGUCCAAGCCAAAGGCGACCAACGGCACCCGAAGACAGAGAGCAGCUUCCCGAGGCCAGCGCGACAAAGAACCUACCAAGGAGCCUGAGGAGCCUGAGCCUGAAGUCCCUGAAACAGGUACCCGCCGGAAAGAGCGAUCUAACCGGCGCAAGGGAGAUGAAUCCGAUAACGAGAUUGGAUCCCCAACCAAGCCUGCAGCACUAGCCCCUCCACCUCCCGAGCCCGAGCCGGUUCAGGCAAGCCCAGAUACUCCCACCCCUCAAGAGCCGACCCCCGCGCGACCAUCGACACGGAAAUCUGGACGUCCCCCAGCUCGCCGCGGUGGCAGAGUCGGACGCAAUCAAUAUAGCAAGGAUCGAGACACGAACGGGAACGGCACCGAGUCCCCGCGCCGGGGUCAAUCACACGACAUAGGAAGCGACUCACCUCGAGUCGGAUACGUUGGUAUCAAUGGCACACAUAUGAAUGGCGGUGACACGGGGCGACCCAGUAAGCCGCGCCAUAUGCACCCGCAGCGCACGACGAUGAACGAGAUGAAGCGGCGUGUCGCUGCCAUCUUGGAAUUCAUCUCGCGCAUGCAGGUCGAGAUGGCGGUUGCCAGCGAGAACUCGUCAACACCAACGGGCAACGGUGACCGGGCACAGGGCCUGCUGCUGAAGAGCAUGGUGGACCAGAUUGAUAGUGCAAUGGCAUCCACCAUCAGUGACGGCGGCGAGUCUGUGCCUGCGUUGACCGAUGGCGAUGGCGAUGCGCCUUCGACGUCGGCUCACGACAAGGACUUUAAAGAUCUGAGCAGUGUCGAGAUGAUGGACGUGCUCACUCGUCACCUGCUCAAAUGGCAGCAGGAGUAUGGCAAGUUCGGGGAGCGGUAG